AUGCGCAUCCCGAUUGUACUUUGCGGCCGCCUGGAGAAAGUGGGUUCUAUUGUGAUCUCAGAGCUGGAACCUGAUUAUGAAGUGAUACAUUUUGUCAUGAGCGUCGAGGACGGUGUACGCAACUUGCCACUUAUCCUGUCUGGUUCCACCCCAGUGAAUGAGGAAAGCAGUCUCGGCUCGAAAAACUACUCUGCUCUUCCCAAGGCUGUCGUUCUAGGAGGCGGAUACGAUGAUGAUGCUCUCACCCGUCUACGUGAGGCUGUUGCGAGAUCGCCAGAGACAGUAAGGAUACCAUGGUUGAAAGCGGAUCUCGAAAAGACAAAGGGAGGUCCUACGCCUGGGUCAGAGGAGUACUGCAGGGCGGCAGCAUCUCGGAUAAAACAUACCCUUAGAACUGUCCUGGAGGAGAGGAAUUUCAAGUCAGGGUGGGAUGAGAUGAUUUAUUGGUAA